AUGAAGCUUGUCUCGCCAGGCUCGAAGAAGAGCCGAUCGGAUCAGAGGCCUCUGAUCACGGUGGUCUCGUCAGGGAAUACAUGCGACGCCGCUGCAGAGGCGGAGAAGCUCUCGUCGCGGCGGAUGUUGAAUAAGGAGUUGGGGGCACCGCCGCACCGGCGUUUCUCCGCCCCUCCGGCCCUCCCCGUUUCGGCCUUCUCUCCCCGCCUCCCACCGGCGCCGCUGCCUCUCCCACCGGCACCGGCGCCUCCCUCUCUUUCUCCGCCAGCAGGCAGCAGCAGCAGUGCAGCGCGACUCCCUUCGAUUUCUCCCUCCGCCAGCGUCGCUCAAUCUGCAGGCGUCGCUCCCUCCGCCAGGCAGAUGGAAUCUCAUCCAGCAGCGGCGCUCAUCCCUUGGGUGAAGAACAGCGGUGGGGUUUCGAGGAUUAAGGGUAUGUUCGUGAAGAGGAGGAGGAAUGAUGACGAAGAUGGAUUUGGUGUGAAACCGAAUCAAAUGGAUUUGGAUAGAUUCUGCGUGUUUCCGAUUGAGGAGAGAGAUUUGAGUGAAGGGAGCAGAAGCACCAAGCUUUGGAAAUGGAUUUUUAAGCACCAUUAA